AUGGCAACUAAGAAUGAUAUCAUAGUUGGGCUUAUUCUUUCUGUUCUUUUUAUUGUGGCAAGCACUGCAUCAACUGCCAUUAGCAAUACAAAAUCAGAAUUGAAGUUAGGUUUCUACAAAACAAGCUGCCCAAAUGCGGAGACAAUAAUAAGAAGCACUGUGGACGAGUACAUAUCGAGGGCCCCCUCCUUGGCAGCUCCUAUUCUAAGGCUGUAUUUUCACGAUUGUUUUGUAGGGGUGAGUCACAAUUCCUUAGUAGAUUAUAUCUUAACGCUUAGCGAUCGCAUUAAUUUUGAUUCUCAAUGCAAUGCAAUGCAGGGAUGCGACGCGUUAGUGCUGCUGAAUUCAACGACCAGGGAAGCUGAGAAAGACGCCAUUCCAAAUUUAAGCUUGAGGUGA